AUGGGUCGUGGCGUGUAUCAAACUGCCGACUCUUUUUCGAGAAAGUGGGGUGCUAUGAGGACGAAGGUUAGCAACUUCAACAUCAUAUACAAUAAUCUCGUCAAUAACACUCGAAGGAGAAGUGGUGCGAGCGACGUCGAUGUCUUGACGGAAGCCCACAACGACUUUAGAAUGCACCAUGGGCAUAUGUUUACGUUGGUAACCACAUGGGAGCUUCUUCACAAAUCUCCUAAGUGGCAUCUUGUGCCACCGUUCGACCCAACCCGUCCUAGAUCCAAACGGUCUAUAUCGACAUCCACCACCGAACCAUCUGGGUCCGAUGCUCGUACAUUAAUUAAUCUAAACGAGGAUGCUGACGAGUUUGAAGAACCACAACUACAAGAGCUGCCUCGUCCAACUGGUAGAGAUAAAAGUAAAGCCAAGGCACGUGGAAAGUCUACUAAAUCAGAUGGCCCGUCAAAGAUGAGCGAGUUCCAGGCAUAUCUCAAGCAAAUAAUCUCCAUUAGGGAAAAAGACCAAGAAAUGAGAAUGGAGAAACAAAUCCAAAGAAAUGGGCUUUCUCGCAAGGGAUGUGUCACAUCUACCAGAGGAGGACCGAGUCAUUUUGGAAGCUCGUAA